UUCAUUUCCUUCACCAAGUAAUCUCUUAGCUCUAGUAUUACACACAAGCACUUCCCACGUACAUUUUUUCACUAAUCAAAUGGCGAAGGCUACUGCAUCAUUCAUCGUCCUUCUCCUCACUUUGAACAUUCUCUUCUUCACAAUGGUUAGUUCAACUUACAUCCCAUGCCCACCAAAAACAAGGAAUCACCCCCAUCCCACUACCCCAUCAUCCAAGGGUUAUAAUAAGUGCCCAAAGGACACACUAAAAUUGAAGGUGUGUGCCAAUUUAUUGAAUGACUUGGUGCAUGUUGUUAUUGGAAGCUCAUCAAAGAGUUCAUGCUGCUCUCUCAUUGAGAAUCUUGCUGAUGUCGAUGCUGCAGUUUGCCUUUGCACUGCCAUUAAAGCUAAGCUCUUGGGAACUAACCUUGAUACUGCUCUUUCCCUCAGCUUAUUGCUCAACAAUUGUGGAAAGACUGUCCCUAAAGACUUCCAAUGCGCAUAAACGGCCAUUCUCUAUUUUCGUCCGACCCCAACUUGUUUGGGACUGAGGCAUAGUUAUCUUGUUGUGUUGUUUGUUUUCUCUAUAAGUUUUUUGUGUGAAAAGUACUGACAGUGUAAAAGAUUUUUCACACUAUCAGUACAGAGUGUGUUUAUGCAUGGUUGCUUAUUUUCUCAGGAGAUAUGUGAAAUUAUUCUAUUGCUUAGAAGGAAGCUGGCUCUGCUCUUCUUCUUUUCAAUGUGUUGUAUCCCAUUUUUAUUUGUAAUAAGAUGGUUAUCUUCUCAUUAAGGAAUUAUAUUAUGUUUGAUCUCGGGAAAUCAA